AAGGCGUUGUGUGUGAACCGCUAGCAACCUAUCCCCAGACGAAAGGGGCUCAAAGCCUGGGAUUAUAGGGAGCGUGGUUGUACUGCUUCUUUUUGAGAUAUUUCACGAUUAUAAUCCAGGGUCCCCCUUUGACGUCCACCAUUUUGUUUCCGUUUCGCUUUUUGUUGCAUCUCUUUAAACCUGUCCCCUGAAAGAGGAGCGUGGGGCGGGUGGCCCAUGUUUUGGCAGGGGUAGCACCCCACCUGACACCCGUGGACUCCCCUGCUCUCAGAAGGGAACCAUGAGCACCCCCAAACCCAGCGGCCUGAAGGCCCCCAGCAAGAUCGGCAGGCCAGCGGGGGCAGCUACCAAAACGUCCCCUCCCUCCGCCCUGCCAAAACCUGCCUUGGCUGAAAAGCUUCCCCCUAGCUCUGGGGCCUCAGAGGCCCAGGGGGCAGAAGAGGUCUUCCAGGUGGGGGAGCGCGUUUGGGUGAACGGGAACAAGCCCGGCUUCGUGCGGUUUCUUGGAGAGACCCAGUUUGCGCCCGGUCAGUGGGCGGGCGUCGUCCUGGACGACCCCAUCGGGAAGAACGAUGGCUCGGUGGCGGGCGUGCGGUACUUCCAGUGCGAGGACCAGCGGGGCAUCUUCACCCGGCCCUCCAAACUGUCCCGCACCGCCACGGCUGAGAACGAGGCUAAUGGGGCACAGACCGCGCCCGCCUCCCAGGCCAGCACCCCCACCUCCAACACCCCGGGGGCGUCCGUGGGGGCCCCCGCCGCCUCAAAGAAGCCCCCGCCCACCACCAUGCCCACCGCUGCCAGCAGCAAUCUGGCCCGGACCACCAGCGAGUCCAUGUCCAACCUCUCAGAGGGGGGCUCUGCCAAAAAGGGCGAGCGGGAGCUGAAGAUAGGCGACCGGGUGCUGGUAGGGGGCACUAAAGCGGGGGCGGUGCGUUUCCUGGGCAUGACGGACUUCGCCAAGGGGGAGUGGUGCGGUGUGGAGCUGGAUGAACCUCUGGGCAAGAACGAUGGGGCAGUGGCAGGCGGCAGGUACUUCCAGUGCCAGCCCAAGUACGGCCUCUUCGCCCCCGUGCACAAGGUGACCCGGAUUGGCUUCCCCUCCACCACCCCGGCCAAGGCCAAAUCGAAGGGGCGCAAGUCUGGGGCCAGCCUGAUGCGCAGCCCCAGUGCCUCCUCCAUCAGCUCCAUCAGCUCCCUGGCCUCCUCCGUGGGCGGCAAGCCCAGCCGAGCCGGACUGCUGACGGAGACCUCGUCCCGCUACGCGCGGAAGAUCUCGGGCACCACGGCGCUGCAGGAGGCCCUGAAGGAGAAGCAGCAGCACAUCGAGCAGCUCCUGGCCGAGCGGGACCUGGAGAGGGCCGAGGUGGCGCGCACCAUCAACCACAUGGGCAAGGUGGAGCAGGAGCUCAGCCUGAUGCGGGAGAGCCAGGAGCAGUAUGUGCUGGAGAUGGAGGCUAAGAUGGACCAGUUGCGCAUGCUGGUGGAGACGGCUGACAAGGAAAAGGUGGAGCUGCUGAACCAACUGGAGGAGGAGAAGAGGAAAGUGGAGGAUCUUCAGUUCACUGUAGAAGAAGCUUGCAUUACCAAAGGUGACUUAGAGACGCAGACCAUUCUGGAGCACGCCCGCAUAAAGGAACUUGAACAGAGCCUGCUCUUUGAAAAGACCAAAGCUGACAAACUCCAGAGGGAGUUAGAAGACACUAGGGUGGCCACCGUCUCUGAGAAGUCUCGCAUCAUGGAGCUGGAGCGGGAGCUGUCCCAGCAGGCCAAGGAGAUGGCGGGGCUGCGGCUUCGGCGGGAGGAGUCUCCGCAGAGGCCGGGUGGCUCGUCCGGCCCUCUCCUGGAGGAGCUGGGCGCCCUACGGGAGCGACUGGAGGCCCAGAGCGGGGAGCACCAAUGCGACCUCGCCGCCCUCAGAGACAGGCUGGCGGGGGCCGAGAGGGUGCACGGUCAGGAGCUGGCCCUCCUGAGGGCCGCCUCCGAGGAGCUGUCCCGGGACAACCAGCGGCUCAGGGCCCACCCGGGGCAGUCCAAGGAGGGGGGCCCGGCGGGGGCGGGAGCUCGCCUGGCGGAGGAGCUGAGGGCCUGCAUGCAGGAGGCGGCUGAGGAGAAGGAGCGCCUGAGGGAGGCGCUGCGCGGGAGGCUGGAGCGCACCGAGGAGCAGCACCUGGUGGAGAUGGAGGACGUGCUGAGCAAGCUGACCUCCGCGGAGACAAAGGUCAGUGAGUUGACCAAAGAACUUGAGAGCAGGUUCCAGAAGGUUCUCUCCCUGCAGCAGAGUCUGGACUCUGCAGAGCAGAACAGGGCCUCACUCAGGGAGGAGCUAGAGAGCUUGAAGAAGAGGUUUGAAGGAGAUUCGGAGGAGAAGGCAGCGGCCGUGGAGGCUAUGCAAGUGACAGUCAAGAGGCUUCAUGAGAAAGAGGAGCUUUGCUUGUCCCUCUCAACUGCAGUGGAAGACCUGAAAACCCAGCUGGCAGGAAUGGAAAGGAAGAUGAAGGCAGUGGAGGAGAGACGAGACCAGCUGACUCAGGAUAAAGCCAAACUGGAGAAUGACAUCACAGUCAUGAUGAGAUCAUCAGGGGACAGCUCCUCCCAGCUCACCAAGAUGAAUGAUGACCUCAUUCAGAAGGACAGGCGGCUGGGGGAACUGCAGUCGCAGCUCACGGAGGCCCGGGAGCAGGCCGCUCGCUCGGAGGAGGGCCGGACGAAGGACCAGGCCCGGGCGGAGGCGGAGCUCAAGGCCCUCCGGGAGCGGUUGGAGCGCAGGCUGGACGGUCUGAUGCAGCAGAACUCAAAGUACCAGGAGGAGCUGGGCCUGUCCGAGCAGCGGCUGACCAUGGAGAGCCAGCGCGUGGGCAACCUGUGCAAGGAGAUCGAGGAACUGAAGCUGGCUGCUACCCAGAAGUCUCUGAGCCUGGCUGCCCUUCAAGAGGAGAACGGAAAGCUGGCCAAUGAGCUGAGCCACGGCGGCCAGCACAAGGGUGGGGAGGACCGUUUGGUGCUGAACAGCGCAUUGCCGGACGUGAAGAGAAGAGAGAGCAGUUCAGAGGCUGAGCGAGAGGGAGAGAAGGCUGACCUCCAGCAAUCUUUGCAGAACACCAGUGCCUUGAUCCUGGAGAAGGACAAAGAGCUGGAGACCCUGAGGAACGAGAUCGCGGUGCUGCGGGGGGAGAGCACCAUGGCGAAGACGCUGCAGGCGGCCGUGCUGACCCUGGAGACGGACAAGGCCCAGCUGCAGGCCCGCGUGCGCAGCCUGGAGCAGCGGCUCACCGGCCGGGACGACACCUCCACAGGUGACACGGCCCUGGACCAGCUCCGGGAGGAGAAGGAGUUUGCGGAGGGCCAGAUUGACUUCCUGAACUCGGUCAUCGUGGACCUCCAGAGGAAGAACCAGGAGCUGAAGAGCAAGCUGAAGAAGCUGGCGGAGGCGUCCUUCAACGGGAACGCUGACGGAGAGCUGGACAACCACGGCAGUCUGUCCAAGAAGAAGCCCACUCCCCGGCUCUUCUGUGACAUCUGCGACUGCUUCGACCUCCAUGACACGGAGGACUGCCCCACUCAGACCCAGUCGCCCGAUUCGCCGCCCCACACCGCCUACCACGGUAGCCGUGGUGACGAGCGGCCGUACUGCGACAUCUGCGAGGCGUUCGGCCACUGGACCGAGUCCUGCAACGACGACCAGACCUUCUGAGCCCCUCCCCAACCACCUCCCCAACCCUGCCCCUCCUCAAACCUGCCCCUCCCCCUCCCCAACGCUUGCC